CAGUAGGCUGCUGAUAAAAGCUUUGCAGCUGCCUUGGGAACUGCGCUAUUCGAAUCCGGUUACCUGUGGGGCCACGGGACUCACAGGCAGGAUCCAUAGCUGAAGACACCGUAGCAGCAGCCUCUGGCUACCAGAGAAUCACAGUAGCAGCCCAUCAAAGCGGAAUCUGAACUUGAAUUCGGUGCAGCUGGUUGAAGAGCUGGUGGCGCAGUCUUGAGCAUCAGGAUCUGAGACCCCCCAGUCGAUCGAGGUCCAUCAACUGGACCCUGGAGGCAGGCUUUCUCACGGGAGGGAGGACACAGGUUGCAGAAGCUGGAAAUACUCCAGUUUCCCAGCUAAUCCCCCUACUGAGAUUGGAGACUGCUGCACUGCUGAAGAUAAAGCGUUUUUGUUUUGUUUCUAAAACGCCUUGAACUUCGUGUCUUAAGAUAUCCUAUCACUGCUGUCAGACAUGGCUAGCAUCCUUUCACGUUUGGGUAGCAGCCGGGGGCAGAACUCACCCCUGCCACCAUGGGCUCAUUCCAUGCUGAGAUCCCUGGGGAGGAGUCUUGGCCCUUUAAUGGCUAGCAUGGCAGAGAGAAACAUGAGGUUGUUCUCUGGGAGGGCAGAGCCAGCCCAGGGGGAAGAAACCUUUGAAAACUGGCUGAGCCAAGUAACUGGGGUGCUGCCUGAUUGGCAUAUGCCUGAGGAGGAAAAGGUCAGACGCCUAAUGAGAACCCUUAGAGGCCCUGCCCGGGAGGUCAUGCGUUUGCUCCAAGCUGCCAAUCCUGGCCUAGAUGUAGAGGAUUUUUUGCGGGCAAUGAAACUGGUCUUUGGGGAGUCUGAGAGCAGUGUGACAGCCCAUAGUAAAUUUGUUAACACUGUUCAGGAACAUGGAGAGAAACCAUCCCUGUAUGUGAUCCGUUUAGAGGUGCAGCUGCAGAAUGCUAUCCAGGCAGGGGUGUUUGCUGAGAGAGAGGCAAACCAGGCUCGCCUGCAUCAGCUCCUGGUAGGAGCUGAGAUGAGUACAGACCUUCGAUUCAGGCUUAAGAAUCUUCUCCGGGUAUAUGCAAAUGAGCCAGAGCGCCUUCCCAAUUUCCUAGAGUUAAUCAGGAUGAUAAGGGAGGAAGAGGAAUGGGAGGAGACUUUUAUUAAUCCAAAGCGGCCCAGAAGAGCCGAGUCAGUGAUGGAGAGGGCACUCAGCCCUAUGGCAUUUCAGAGCUCCCCACCAAUAAUGAUCAGCAGUAUCGACUGCAAUGUGAUCGAGAUAGAUGACUCUCCUGAUGAUUCAGAUGAGGAUGUGAUCUUGGUGGAGCCUGAGGACCCACCACUGCCAUCCUCAAGUGCCUCUUCCUUCCUAGGCAGAGCUGUAUCUGAGGACCAAGUGCUGGUCAUUGAGUCCCCUAACAUUUUUGAAAUCCAGGCUCCUUCCACUAGCAGUGGUGCUGGGAGAAAGAACAAUCGGGGUUUUGGGGAGCUGCGUAGAGCCAGGAAGCGCAAACAUACGAUCCAUUGUUCCCACUGUGGUGAGGAGGGCCACUCAAAAGAAACCUGUGACAAUGAGAGUGACAAGGGCCAGGUUUUUGAGAAUCUGAUCAUCACCCUGCAGGAGCUGACACAUGCAGAGGAGAGGGCAAGGGGGGCCCCUGGUGAACCCAUUGGCCUCUCUGAACCACAGUAAGAUGCGACUCCCCAGCCUUAAAUUAACCCUUACCUGUAUUAAAUGUUUAACGGUGGAAAAGUUGUGGGGACAGACUUCUAAUUGCAUGAACAAAUCCACAAAGUGGCUUUCUUUGGGGGUGGAGAAAGGGUCCCGAAUACCAGUACAGUAAAGAGAGGAGGCCUGACCUAUGAUCGUGUUCCCAUUCCCCACUGCUUAACAGUCUAUUUUCUGUGUGAACCUCUCUCCUUGGUGGCUUUAUUCUCUUUGUGAAAGUGGUAUUGUUCAUUGUUCAAUCUUCAAGUUAGAAAAUUAUUAAAAAGUACAACUUACCCAGACCUCUCUACCUUGUGAAACAAUUGUCAGCCCUUUGGUGCCUAUCCUUCUAAAUAUUUCUCUAUAUCUGUGUUCCUAGAUUAGAAAUAUGUAUAGACAAAAGUGAUCAAAUAGAAGUGUUGUUCUAUAUGCUGUAUUUUUUCACCAAAACGUAUGUUGUGGCCUUCUUUGUCAAUAAAUAUAUACAUAUAUGUCAGCAUCUACUUUAA